UACUAGAAACCUCACAUAGAAAUGCUGCAAAUGACUCUAGCCCCGCGUGUAGUCGCCGCUGAGCUGCUCGAAGCCUUGGUUUCCAGCAGGGAUACUGAGGGGUUGUAGCCGGGCGGAGACACUGUAGGUGGACGCUGUGAACAUGAGGACCGCCGACUGGGGGCUGCACUGGGCUGUCGCACUACUCUUCGCUGCGGUGGGGGCUAAAGUGGAAGGCAAGUGUGGAAGAAACGAGUUUCAAUGUCUGGAUGGAAAAUGCAUCUCCUACAAGUGGGUCUGUGACGGCAGCCCCGAGUGCCAGGAUGGCUCUGACGAGUCCCAGGAGACAUGCAUGUCCGUCACCUGCAAAUCGGGGGACUUCAACUGUGGGGGCCAUGUCAACCGCUGCAUUCCUAACUUUUGGAAAUGCGAUGGCCAAGUGGACUGUGAGAAUGGCUCAGACGAGCAAAACUGUCCUGCCAAGACCUGCUCCCAGGACGAGUUCCGCUGCCACGACGGCAAGUGCAUCUCGCAGCAUUUUGUCUGUGACCGGGACCGAGACUGCUUGGACGGCUCGGACGAGGGCUCCUGCCCGGUGACCACCUGCGGCCCCGCCAGCUUCCGCUGCAAUAGCUCCGCCUGCAUCCCGGAGCUGUGGGCUUGCGACAGUGACCCCGACUGCGAGGACGGCUCAGACGAGUGGCCUCAGCGCUGCGGGGGCCGCGACACAUCCAGCCCCCAGCGGGACUCCGGCCCCUGUUCCUCCCUUGAGUUCCACUGUGGCAGCGGCGAGUGUAUCCACGGCAGCUGGAGGUGCGACGGCGGCCCUGACUGCAAGGACAAGUCCGACGAGGAGAACUGCACUGUGGCCACCUGCCGCCCUGAUGAAUUCCAGUGCUCCGAUGGGACCUGCAUCCAUGGUAGCCGGCAGUGUGACAGGGAGCAUGACUGCAAGGACAUGAGUGAUGAAGUCGGCUGCGUCAAUGUGACACUGUGUGAGGGGCCCAACAAGUUCAAAUGCCACAGCGGUGAAUGCAUCCCCCUGGACAAAGUGUGCAACUCAGCCAGAGACUGCCGGGACUGGUCAGACGAGCCCCUCAAGGAAUGCGGGACCAACGAGUGCUUGGACAACAACGGGGGCUGUUCGCACAUCUGCAAUGACCUCAAGAUCGGCCACGAGUGCCUGUGCCCCGAUGGCUUCCGGCUCGUGGACCAGCGCAGAUGCGAAGAUAUCGACGAGUGUCAGGACCCUGCCACCUGCAGUCAGCUCUGUGUGAACCUGGAGGGUAGCUACAAGUGCGAGUGCGAGGAGGGCUUCCAGAUGGACCCCCGCACCCAGACCUGCAAGGCCGCCGGCUCCAUCGCCUACCUCUUCUUCACCAACCGCCAUGAGGUGAGGAAGAUGACCCUGGACCGCAGCGAGUACACCAGCCUCAUCCCAAACCUCAAGAACGUGGUUGCCCUAGACACCGAGGUGGCCAGCAACAGAAUCUAUUGGUCUGACCUGUCCCAAAGAAAGAUCUACAGCACCCAGAUUGACAGAGCCCCCAGCUUGUCCACCUAUGACACCGUCAUCGGCAGUGACCUCCAUGCUCCUGAUGGGCUGGCUGUGGACUGGAUCCACAGCAACAUCUACUGGACCGAUUCUGUCCUGGGCACCGUGUCCGUGGCCGACACUAAGGGCAUGAAGAGGAGAACGCUGUUCCAGGAGAUCGGCUCCAAGCCGAGGGCCAUCGUGGUGGAUCCCGUCCACGGCUUUAUGUACUGGACAGACUGGGGCACCCCUGCCAAGAUCAAGAAAGGGGGCCUGAAUGGUGUGGAUGUCUACUCGCUGGUGACAGAAGACAUCCAGUGGCCUAAUGGCAUCACACUGGAUCUCUCCAAUGGCCGCCUCUAUUGGGUAGACUCCAAACUCCACUCAAUCUCUAGCAUUGAUGUCAAUGGGGGAAACCGGAAGACCAUCCUGGAGGACGAGAAGCGGCUGGCCCACCCCUUCUCCUUGGCCAUCUUUGAGGACAAGGUAUUCUGGACUGACAUCAUGAACGAAGCCAUCUUCAGCGCCAAUCGCCUCACAGGCUUGGAUAUUGAUUUAGUGGCGGAAAACCUGCUGUCCCCCGAGGACAUUGUCCUGUUCCACAAUGUCACACAGCCCAGAGGUGUGAAUUGGUGUGAGAGGACAGCCCUCCCCAAUGGUGGCUGCCAGUACCUGUGUCUGCCAGCCCCACAAAUCAACCCCCACUCCCCCAAGUUCACCUGUGUCUGCCCAGAUGGUAUGCUGCUCGCCAGGGACAUGAGGAGCUGCCUCUCAGAGGCGGAGCCUGUAGUGACCACCCUGGGGCCGUCCACCGUCAGGCCCGGGGUCAGCUCCACAGCCAGGAGGCCGAAGCCCACAGACCACCGACCUGCUUCCAGCGCCCCCUGGCGGCCUGCGGCUGUUCCUGGGCUCACCACCGUGGAGUCGACGACCAUGUCCCACCAAGUCCUGGCUGAAGUUGCCGACAGAGGGAAGGAGGAGAAGCCUCGGAGCGUGGGGGCUCUGUCCAUCGUCCUCCCCAUUGUGCUGCUUGUCCUCCUCUGCUUUGGGGCCUUCCUCGUCUGGAAGAACUGGCGGCUGAAAAACAUCAACAGCAUCAACUUUGACAACCCCGUGUACCAGAAGACCACGGAGGACCAGGUCCACAUUUGCCGCAGCCAGGACGGCUACACCUACCCCUCGAGACAGAUGGUCAGCCUGGAGGAUGAUGUGGCGUGAACAGCUGCUGAGAGCCCAGUCCCUUCCCGGAACCUGUUGCCACUCAUGGGCAGGAAGGACACUUUCUCCCGGGGCUCUUGACCACUGGCUGUCACCUACUUCCUCUAAACCCUUCUGGCACCCCCAGGGCUUCCGUCUCCUUCAGAGUCAGCAAAGACCAAAGGCGCCGCUGGCCACCAAAGCCUGGUGCCUGUCUGCCAGAGCUUUGUUUUAUAUAUUUAUUCAUCUGGGAGGCAGAACAGGCUUCUGACAGCGCCGCGGAGCGGGUUCUGCUUGGGGUUUUGGUUUUUUCUUUCCGUAUGAAGGAGAAGAGGAAAAGACCUGAGGAGCCGGGAUGAGUCUCAGUUCCUCUAAGUUCAGCCCUUUUCUUUCCUGCAUCAUAAAGAAGCGGAGGACAGUGGAACACAGGAGGAGAGGCAGCAAGUGGCCUCCCUGCUGCCAGAGGGAGCCUGACCCUGAAGGGGAAGGGCGCCCCCUACUGCUAAGGCAGCACCGUCCCGCGCUUUCCCUCGCCAAAGCUUUGCCAGUUCCCCAGGAAAAGCCUGAGUCUGAAUACUCGUGAAGUGCCUGAAACACCCGCUUACCUUGUUCCUGGGGACGCCCUGCCUCCGCCCUCCAUGACUCGGCCAGCCCAGGAGUGGCUGUCGCCGGACUGCGCCCUGAUCCCGCCCACCGGAUCCUGUGCUUCGCUUCCUUUGAUCUCCUCGCACUUUUUCAGUUCAGGGUUGUACAUUGUGUAAAUGUGACAUUCUUGUUAUUUUGCACUGUUUUCUGUCACGUGUGUUGGGAUGGGAUCACUGGCCAGAGGUGGCCCGUGUUGGUGAAUGCAGGAGAAGAUGCAUGUGGAGGAAAGAAAAGGUCAGAUCACUGGGGACUGCUUCAAAGCCAUGAUUGCGAAUAUUUGGAAUAGGCAAACCCUCCUGCAUUAUUAUUUUUUUUUUUUUCCUUUUUGCCAGUGCAGAGGGUUAAACUCAGGAUUUUAUACAAGCCAGGCAAGCGCUCUGCCCCUGAGCUCCCAGGCCACUUGCUUUAUUUUCUUAACAUCUGCCAGGUCACUUCUAUGCAAAAGUCCCAGAGCCAUUAACCUCCCUGUCUGUGAUCCUCAAAGGCUGCGCACGAGAAACUCACAGCCUUUCACCCUUUAGGGAAUCUCCUCUAGGUCAUUUGAUGGAACUUGAAAAGCCAGGAUUCUUCCUGAAAUGGCCACAAAUUUUAUCAUUGCAUGGUUGCAGGGAUGGGUCAAAGAGACAGGGGCAGCCUCCCGGAUCCCCACACAGAGACAUCUGAAGGGACUCUUACUGGCUCAGUACGCAAUGAUCAAACACUGUGACUCCCGUAGGAAACUGUGCUGGUCUUUUCUUUCUGAAGCAUGUAAAUAGAUCCCUGUGCAGCUGGUAGCACUUGUGGUUAUGUUUGCACUUUGUAUAUUUUUGAAUGUUAUCAUAUAUAUAUAUAUAUAUAUAUAAAUUAUUUAUUUUUGCAAACCCUGUUUGCUGCAAUCGUUGGUGACAUUUCUAGGGGCUCUGCAUUAGGGGUAGUGGUCUCUGAGAUGUCUCAUCUUUAUGUACAAAGAUUAUUCACACGGACUGGACCGUGUAGCUUGUUUCAGGAGAGUGACAUCCAGGUGUCCUUGUAGUUGCUUCAGGGGUAUGGACACUUGCAUUUUAAAACACUGUAUAGAUUUUUUUUUUUUAUCCUGAAUGUCUUACUGUGAUAGAUUAAAUUUCUUAAAUGAGCCAUCUGGCUAAACCUGA